AUGGGUGUCGUAAGAGAUGAUGACUUUCAUGCAAAUAGUCUGCGGCCCACGGGCCGUGGGAUUGAUUGGUCGCGCCGCCGAUCAUUGACGGAUGAUCGUGGAGGCCGGUUGGCGGCAGCGCAGGAGGCGGCGGGCGCGCACGCUCGCUCUGCGCCAGCUGAUACCAUGGGCGGCGCGCACCAGCCCGCCACUCCAGGGCCCAGCUCGCUCUUUAUAUUCUCCUACGAAAAUCCCAUACGGAGGUAUACAAAGUUCAUCAUCGAGUGGCCACCCUUCGAGUACGCGGUGCUGCUUACCAUCAUCGCCAACUGCGUGGUGCUGGCGCUUGAGGAGCAUUUGCCCAACGGCGAUAAGACCAUCUUAGCACAGAAUCUGGAAAAGACCGAGGCGUACUUUUUAGGAAUAUUUUGUGUAGAAGCCUCGUUAAAAAUAUUAGCCUUAGGUUUUGUUUUACACAGGGGAUCGUAUCUUAGGAACGUUUGGAACAUAAUGGAUUUUUUCGUUGUAGUAACUGGGUCGAUGACGAUAUUCGCCGAAUACAACGUCGACGUUGACCUGCGGAUGCUGCGCUCGUUCAGAGUGCUGCGACCUCUGAAGCUCGUCUCGCGGAUACCAAGUAAUUCACAUAUCAUCACGCAGCUGCCGGUCGCGCCCGACGUCGACUUCAGGACCUUGCGUGCCAUUAGGGUGCUGAGGCCCCUUAAAUUAGUUUCGGGCGUUCCUAGCCUGCAAGUUGUGUUGAAGUCUAUCAUCAAGGCGAUGGCCCCGUUGCUUCAAAUCGGCCUCUUGGUGCUUUUUGCGAUCGUUAUAUUCGCCAUCAUCGGCCUCGAGUUUUAUUCAGGGGCGCUGCAUAAGACUUGUUAUAGUUUAGAAGAUAUUAAUGAAAUAGUAAAUGAAGGAGAGAAUCCAACGCCGUGCAACGCCGACAACGAAACAGUUGCGCCCCCUGGGGCGAAUGUAUGUGCUUCUGACAAGAGCACAUGCUUAGAAAAGUGGGAAGGUCCUAAUCGGGGCAUCACAUCGUUCGACAACAUUGGAUUCGCUAUGCUCACCGUCUUCCAAUGCAUUACCAUGGAGGGCUGGACGUCCAUCCUCUAUUGGACAAAUGAUGCGUUAGGUAGUAUGUUCAACUGGAUUUACUUUGUACCGCUCAUAGUAUUGGGUUCAUUCUUCAUGCUCAACUUAGUUCUCGGUGUCCUUAGCGGUGAAUUCGCUAAAGAGAGAGAGAAAGUAGAAAAUAGACAAGAAUUUCUUAAAUUAAGAAGACAGCAGCAAUUAGAGAGAGAACUCAAUGGUUAUGUUGAGUGGAUUUGUAAAGCAGAGGAGGUCAUAUUAGCAGAAGAGAGGACUACAGAGGAAGACAAAAUGCAUAUAAUUGAAGCUCGGAGAAGAGCGGCGGCAAAGAAGAAAUUAAAAAAUCUUGGUAAAAGUAAGAGCACAGAUACUGAAGAGGAGGAACAGGAUGAAGACUGUUGUGGGGAGGAAGUUCCAAAGAAAAAGCAAGGUUUUCUGAAAAGCAAAACUCGUUCUAUCGGCAAAUGUGCAAACUUUUGGCGAGCGGAGAAGAGGUUUCGAUUUUGGAUCAGACACACCGUGAAGACGCAGGGGUUUUAUUGGUUCGUAAUUGUACUGGUGCUCUUCAAUACAAUAUGCGUUGCUGUUGAACACUAUGGACAACCUCCGUGGCUCACAUCGUUUUUAUACUACGCCGAAUUUGUAUUCCUCGGACUGUUCAUGAUGGAAAUGGUCGUGAAAAUGUACGCAUUAGGCGCACGAAUAUAUUUUGAGUCAUCAUUCAAUCGAUUCGACUGUGUUGUUAUAUCUGGAUCCAUUUUUGAAGUAGUAUGGUCAGAAGUCAAGGGUGGCUCUUUUGGUCUUUCCGUACUUAGGGCGUUAAGAUUACUAAGGAUAUUCAAGGUUACAAAAUACUGGUCUUCGCUAAGGAACCUCGUAAUAUCUCUACUGAACUCGAUGAGAUCUAUUAUUUCAUUACUGUUUCUCCUGUUCUUGUUUAUCCUUAUCUUUGCUCUACUUGGUAUGCAGUUAUUCGGAGGGCAAUUCAACUUCGAAGAUGGCACACCGCCGACCAAUUUCAACACUUUUCCUAUCGCCUUACUUACCGUAUUCCAGAUCUUAACAGGCGAAGAUUGGAAUGAAGUAAUGUACUGCGGAAUUCAGUCUCAAGGCGGCAUACAGAAAGGCAUGAUUUAUUCGCUGUACUUCGUCAUCUUAGUACUGUUCGGCAACUACACACUGUUGAACGUGUUUCUUGCCAUCGCUGUCGACAAUUUGGCCAACGCUCAGGAGUUAACAGCAGCUGAAGAGGAACAAGUGGAAGAGGACAAAGAAAAACAAUUGCAAGAAUUGGAGAAAGAGAUGGGUGCAUUACACGCGGUUGAUGGAACUCCACCUCGAGUAGACUUAAGUCCUACAUCUGCGGCAAGUAGGAAGAACAAAAAGAAGGAAGAGGCCAAAAAGGAAGAAGAAGAGAUACCAGAUGGACCAAAACCAAUGCUGCCAUAUUCGUCAAUGUUUAUUUUAUCUCCCACUAAUCCAAUUAGGCGAGGCGCACACUGGGUUGUAAAUUUAAGAUAUUUUGAUGUUUUUAUCAUGUUAGUUAUAUGUAUGAGUUCAAUGGCUUUAGCGGCAGAAGAUCCAGUAGUUGAAGAGAGUGAAAGAAACAAAAUCUUGAACUACUUUGACUACGCGUUUACGGGGGUGUUCACCGUGGAAAUGCUGCUCAAGAUCGUCGACCUCGGCAUACUGUUCCACCCGGGCGCUUACUUGCGUGACUUGUGGAACAUCAUGGAUGCUGCGGUCGUCAUCUGUGCGCUUGUUAGCUUCGGUUUCGAAAUCGGUAAGAAUACUCUUCAAGACUGCCAGGGGUCGUAUUUCGUCUACGAGGCGAAUAGUUUGCUGCCGCGUGUAGUCAAACGGAGGUGGGAUACGCAAGCGUUCCACUACGAUAACGUCGCGUCUGCGAUGCUUACGCUUUUCGCAGUACAGACUGGUGAAGGAUGGCCGCAGGUGUUGCAAAACUCAAUGGCGGCUACGUAUGAAGACAGGGGACCCAUACAAAAUUUUCGUAUAGAAAUGUCCAUAUUUUAUAUCGUUUACUUUGUGGUGUUUCCGUUCUUCUUUGUUAACAUAUUCGUAGCUCUUAUAAUUAUCACAUUUCAAGAGCAGGGUGAAGCUGAACUUCAAGAUGGUGAAAUAGAUAAAAAUCAGAAAUCGUGUAUCGAUUUCACGAUAGAGGCACGCCCUCUUGAGAGGUAUAUGCCCAGUAAGCGAGGAAGUUUUAAGUACAAAGUGUGGAGAAUAGUCGUCUCUACGCCUUUCGAGUACUUCAUCAUGACCCUUAUCGUCCUAAACACUUUGUUACUCAUGAUGAAGUACUAUAAUCAAAAUGAUCUCUACUCGGAUAUCCUGAAGUAUUCGAAUAUGGGAUUUACUGGAAUGUUUUCCGUGGAAACUGUGUUGAAAAUCAUCGCUUAUGGUGUCAAAAAUUUUUUCAAAGAUCCAUGGAAUAUUUUCGAUUUCAUAACGGUCAUUGGAAGUAUUAUUGACGCUCUCAUAAUGGAGUUUGGAAGCGACCUCGCUGAAAACUGUGCUGACAUAUCCUGUCAGCAGGAGAACACGUUCAACGUUGGUUUCCUUCGCCUGUUCCGAGCCGCGCGACUGAUCAAGCUGCUCAGACAGGGCUACACAAUUCGGAUACUUUUGUGGACUUUCGUGCAGAGUUUCAAAGCCUUACCCUACGUGUGCCUUCUUAUCGCCAUGCUGUUCUUCAUUUAUGCUAUAAUCGGAAUGCAGGUGUUCGGAAACAUAGAAAACGCGCCUGAAACAUCAAUGAAUAGGCAUAACAAUUUUCAAAGCUUCAUUCAAGCACUCAUGUUAUUGUUUCGAUGCGCGACGGGGGAGUCUUGGCCGAACAUUAUGUUAGAUUGCUUAAAACCGGCGAAAUGCGACGAGAAAGCCGGAAAGCCUCCUCAAGAAGAAUGUGGGAGUACACUUGCCUACGCAUAUUUUGUUUCCUUCAUCUUUUUCUGUUCUUUCCUUAUGUUAAAUUUAUUCGUUGCCGUCAUAAUGGAUAACUUUGACUACUUAACAAGAGAUUCGUCGAUUCUCGGAGCACAUCAUCUCGAUGAAUUUGUUAGAAUUUGGGCUGAAUACGACCCAAACGCCACGGGGAAAAUUCAUUACACAGAAAUGUAUGAUAUGUUGAAGAAUAUGGAUCCGCCGUUGGGGUUUGGCAAUAAAUGCCCCAAUAGAUUAGCAUAUAAAAAGUUAAUAAGAAUGAACAUGCCACUAGACGAAGAGGGGAAAGUGAACUUUACUACUACACUUUUUGCCUUAAUCAGAGAAAACCUCAAUAUCAAGAUGAGAUCUGCUGAAGAAAUGGAUCAAGCUGAUCAGGAGUUGAGACAAACCAUUACGCAGAUUUGGCCCCUCCAAGCGAAGAAGAUGUUAGACUUGCUGGUGCCUCGCAACGAUGUUCUUAAUGCAGGGAAACUGACAGUCGGGAAGAUCUAUGCAGGGUUACUUAUUCUAGAGAGUUGGAGAUCAACUAGGUUUGGUCAGACUGAGCCACAAGGUGUUCCGGCAUUCAGCGAGAAUAGCCCUACGGCCAAUCAGCCGAAGGCGUCCUUCUUUAACUGCCUGCUGGACGUGGCCGCGGGACUUGGGCCUGGAUCAAGAACAGGCUCUCUGAGUCAAGAAGGCCCCCUUAUCACAACCGCGGAGAGCCACCCAGACGAUCCCCAUACUUUAGCCAACUUCGCAAGACGCAGUACCAGAAGAUCUUUCAAGAACAAUAAAAAGGUUCUGGAGCUACAAGAUGUUGAGUCGCAUCACGCAUCCAUAGAAUCCUUAGAUGAAGCAAGGUUACAGCCACCGCACGCUUACCAAAAUGGGCAUCAGGGGAGAUCGUCCAGUUUAAGACGGACUCCAAGCCCGCGGAGGCGUGGCCAUUACGGCGGCUAUCACCACGACAUCGGGUUCUCCGACACUGUUAAUAAUGUCGUCGAGAUAGUCAAACACGAGCACCAAAGACACGGGCGGACACACCGAGCUCCUCACCACUAUCACCCACAUGGGAAGGAGUGGAGGACGCCGCAUCCCACCACCAGCCUGAGCCAGCCCUCGAGGUCACCCAGCCCGCCACACCACACCUACGUUUGGGCACCCAUAGUUGGAGAUCGGGAACGCGAGUGGAGGGAAUGGCGGGACCGGUCCUGGGAACGCGAGGGGGCGAGGCGAGGCCGGGGCCGUCAAUUGCCCCCAACGCCCACCAAGCCGUCCACGUUACAAGUCAAGCAGCAGCCACCGUUCACAAGAAUCAGCCACAGCCCCUCACACUUAUCGUUACGGCAUACGGUGAGAGAGCCCGUAGAGCCCUUGCACGAUGAAUAUGAGUACGGCAGAGAAGUUGAAAGACUGAUACACAGAGAUUAUAGAUCUAGGGAAAGACGGGGCAGGGGCUACGAGGCGGAGCGAGUGCGGACGUACGAGGCGCCGCUCUCGUACGAGGCGGCGCUGGCUAUGGGGCGGGGGGGAGGGGCGCGGGCGCUGCCCUCGCCGGUGCCGGCGCCCCGGCUGCCCAACGGGUACAAGCCGCGCGUGCGCCACUCGGACUCGGACGAGGACGACUGGUGC